AUGACACCAUCAGAGAUUGCGGGGUUCCCGCCUACCACCAUUAGAGAGAUCGCCGGUGAGGUCUCAGCACUGUUAAAGGAGCAAGGGGCAACUGUCUCAGUUGCGGAAACGGCGGCCGGAGGUCUCAUAUCUUCAACUCUGCUGGCGACACCAGGAGCAAGUGGGUUCUACCGGGGAGGCGUGACGGUGUACACCCUAGAGUCCCGCAUCGCAUUCGGUGGUUGGACUGAAGAUCACAUUAAGAACUACAAAGGGCCUACCCCCGAGAUAGUAGCCGGGUUGGCAGAGAAUGUGCGCACUAAGCUUGGCUCAACCUUUGCUAUCAGUGAGAGUGGCACUGCUGGACCCACUGGUGGAACUACGAGAAACAGGACCCCUGGUUAUGUUGCUCUGGCCGUUAGCUCAAAGGCUGGAACUGUUACGCGAGAGGUCGAGACAGGACUGGGCACCGACAGAGAAGCAAACAUGGUUGCAUUUGCGACCGAGGCUUUGAAGCUGCUUAGGGAUUGUCUCACUGGUCGUGUUCAGGCUGAGCUGUAA